UAUACGUAAGAACAAAGAGAAAUAUACAGCCAUAAGAAAUUAUGGCUCGUAAGAGUACGCUGAACGGAACGGGGAAAUUUAUACUCACUCUGUGUGGUAUUUGGCCAGACGCAUCAUGUGUUCUAUUCUGCAGAAUGUUGUGGGUCAUUGCGUCGAUAAUUAUUCUGCUUUGUCACUUUCGCUAUUUUCUGACGCAUGUAUAUACGGCCGAUUUUUUUGAUUUAAUAGACUGUCUAUCUUCCUUUCUGGCAUUCUUAAAAGUGUUUGUUAAAUGCCUUGUGUUUUGGUUCAAUCAGCGAAAAUUCAUCGAAAUCUUAGCAAUAAUGACGAAUGAUUGGAAGGAUUGCGCUCAUAGUGACAUCAGCAUGCAGAAGGCAAUGAGCAAAGCGAAAAUAUCGGAUCGUAUUAUAAACGGAAUUUUCAUUCUUCACGCGAUGACUAUAGUUACCUAUUGCGUCGGCCUUAUUUUCGCCGAUGUCGAUGUCACCGAUCAAACGACAGAAUUACCACAUUUCAGCAAGAUAGAUAUUCCAUUGGAUAUAAAAACGCUACGCGUUUAUAGACUUUUAUUAAUUACGCAAUUCUUCCAUUUGCUCUUGUGCGCCUGGAUGGCUGGUAUAACAAAUGCUUUGCUAUUGAGUUUGACCUUGCAUGCGGGUGGCCAAUUCGAAAUUUUGUGUUAUUGGUUGACGCAACUUGUGCCUUAUGAAAAUGAAAAUAAACACAAAUCAAUCGUCCCUACAACGGAUAAAAUUAUUCAGAAGCAUCAAAAAAUUAUCCAUUUUGCGGAAAAAAUCGAAAGUCUUUAUACAUAUAUUGCGUUGUUGCAAUUUACAUCAAACACGAUAAUGAUUUGUACAUUAGGUUUCCUCAUCGUAACGGCAAUAGGUAGUCCUAAUGCGAUAGAGGUAAUAAUAAGAUCAAUUUUAUUUUACGUUAUAACAAGUCUUGAAGCAUUUAUAUUUUGCUAUGCUGGAGAAUAUUUAAAGAACAAGAGUAAUGCAGUUAGUCUUGCAGUGUAUGAUACUCCGUGGUACAAUUUAAAACCUAAAGACAGUCGUGUUCUGCUAUUUAUUAUGAAAAGAUCACAGAAGCAAUUGAUGCUUACAGCUGGAAAGAUGAUGGAUCUCUCUUUAGAAUCCUUCACAAGUAUCAUCAAUGCUUCGGGAUCAUAUUUGUCAAUGCUAUUGGCGAUGCAAUAA